CUUAAGUAUUCCGUGUAUUUUACAGGCACUACAAAAGUCUUAGACAGCCCUACUUAAGGUCAAAGGUAACGUGGAUCGUGAGUUAGGAGCUAACGCAUGUUACUUGGUACAGUGCUCCCAGUAUUACUAUCACCAUGUUCCAUCACCUGGCCUCGGUGCUGAGUGUGAGAGCUGUUGAACCAGACACCCCCCCAGAGGAAGGUACAGACCCCCCCGAGGAGACCCGUCCACAGUACAGGAGAAUUCCCCGGGACCCCGCCAUGCUGAGUCAGUACCCCCCCACCAAGAUCCCCUGGCUGUCCUCCUCACCAGAAGCCAUGGGGCUGGGCAAACGGGGCAGCAUGCAAACGUACUUAGAGGAAUGUCAAUCAUGCAGGUGGAUCUCAGGCCUGACAUUUAUUGGUGCAGGGGUUUAUGUCUACAUGAGUAGCAGAGCCCGUUUACGCUACACUCGCAGCACUGGUCCGCUGUUCAGGAUCUUCUUUGGUUUAUGUCUGGGUGUUGCCGGUGUUACCAUCCUUGUGGACCCACAGAAGAAGAUCCAGGAUGACUGGUUAAGGAAAUAUGAAGAACGGCAGCGCAGACUGAAAAUGAGGCAGGAACAGUCCAUCGCCAAGAUGGAAAAGGAGGAGGAGGCUGCAUUAAAUGAUGCUAAUGGGAGCGUGCAGAAAUGACAAGACAUUCUCUGAUACUACAAGUAGUAGUAACUGUUACAUGUAUACAAAAUUUCAACAGAGGGCACUUGUGCUACAUGACAGGGCAAUUUUCAGCUGAUUAGUCUGCUAGAAUAGAGGAGCCAAUAAGCAAAAACAGAUGACAUGUUUUCUGGUCAUGAAUAUGAAUGUGAUAAUGUACUACUGGUACAAAAGGGGAAGUCUGCAACAUUUUGUAAUCACUAGGGCUGCUCUGUCAUCAUGUUGUUUUUCUCACUAGUUUGGUAUGCUGCCAUCGUGCAUGUGUACUAAACAGGUUUUACAGAAUAAGUAUUCAAGGAAAGUUUUUGGGCUUUAAAAAGAAUCAAAUCUUCUGUGUCUUUUGAUUUGAAAAAUUUUACCUUUCUCUAAAUUCUACUUACCUAAUGUCGCAUACACAUUCUAGUCCUACUGUAACGUUAACAGUUAACUACUGUUACUUUGUGAAGUAUACCAAAUUCCAGAAAAAUUCUCUUCAGAAGAGAAAGCUGUAAUAUUACAAGACAAAAUCCACUAUUAAGAUCCUAAGAAUUUAGGAAGUGAUGAUGAUGAUUUCACAAAGCAUACUGUGUUGAACAUAAUGAAUCCUGCUCAUUUUUUGUACACUGUUCCAGUGCCA